AUAGAAAUCUUUAUUUUCGAAUGUAAUGCACGCUUGCAUCUACUUCACCCUUCCUUAGGAUCUCACCUAAAUAAGGCAGAGGCAGACUGAUAAAAGGAAAUUCUGAUGAAUAAGAAUCAUUUAGUACUAAUAAUCUAAUCUCCUAAUCGAUUACUUCCCAAUAAAUUCCGCUCUGAUAGUGAAUUUGAGGCAUAUAGAGCAAUCCAAUUUUCGAACUUUAUCAGUUUUUUGGAGAAUUUAGAAGAGUUAAGUGCCCAAAAUGAUGAAAGUAUUGUCAAUUUUAAUCUUGGGAACUUUAGUGGGAAGCAUUCAUGCUCAAGCAUCUUUCUCCUCCCUGCAAAGUCGAGUAACUUCAUUGGCUCAAAAUGCUGAAAGAGAGGUGGAGAGGAUUCAUCAGGAUGCGUCGGGAUUCAUUGUGAGGUCAAUUAAUGAUGUCCUUGGGCAAGCUUAUGAUUCCGAGGGAGAAUCUGUGGAUGAAGUGAUGGUAUCUGCUUGCAAUUUGAACGUAGUCAAUCUGCUGAGGGGUGAUAUGAAGGAGAUUGAUGAUGCUAUUGUUAGGCUAAAUGUGAAAGUUGUGGAAUUCAAGACAAUCAUUUUCCGGGCUAUUGAUGGAAAAUCGCUGCUGUGGGAGCCUGAGAAUAUCCAGCAGGAGGUAGAUAUGGCCAUAACUGAAGCCAAUGGUGUUCUGCAAGAUGAGAUAUUCAGUGUCAUAAGGCAAAUUGCCACCUUCAAGGCUGACACAUACAACCUGAUAAAGAACCAUCGAAAGUGUAUCGCAAACUCUCAAGUGAUAAUGCGCUGAUAAUAGAAAAUGAGGAAUGAAUUAUCUUCUGACCAGUUUUUUUUUACUGUUUUCUUGGGCUGUAUUUUUACAAAUUUCUGUUUAUCCAUUACAAAUGUCCAAGUAACAAUUUGUAGAAGGGGUAGAUUUUUUCUCUUCAUUGUAAUUUCUAUACUCAAUAAAAAGUAAAUAUAAUAAUAUAUAAAAUAAUUGUUUUGAUUACACAACAUCUUCUUUUCUCCUUUACACAUUCGGACACGAUAAUAAUUUUUUAUUUAAUUCACUGUAAAAUUUAUAGUUUUUUUUUUCAUUUAAAUUUGUUUCCUUAUAUAAUGAAGGUACACAUUUCUAUCAAUAAACUCCACAUUCGUCUCUCUCUCUUUCUCUCUCUCUCUUUAACUCAAUUGUUUAUCCAUCUUUUUUUU